AUGAUUUCGAUGCUUGUAAAAUCAAAAUUGUUCCUAUUUUCUUCCAUUAUAUUAUUAUUAAUAAUAUCUUCACCACCAGUUUUGUCCUCAAUAGGAGAUCGUAGUGAAGAAUUUCAGACGUGUGUUAAAACGUGUCUCUCAACAGUAUGUUCACAAAAUCCUACCUUACCUUUACAUUUACGAUUCUUUGCUUGGACUUGUGAAGACGAGUGUAAAUAUAAUUGUAUGCACGAGAUAACCGAUCACGCUAUACAUUCCAAUCAAGAAAUUCAUCAAUAUUAUGGAAAAUGGCCUUUUCAUCGAUUACUGGGAAUACAAGAACCUGCUAGUGUACUUUUUAGCGUAUUAAACGGCUAUAUGCAUUAUCGUUAUCUACCACUUUUAAAACGUUUACCAGAUCCUUAUUAUAUGAAAAAAUUUUAUUUGAUUUAUGCUUACGUUGGUAUAAAUAGUUGGAUAUGGUCAAUUAUUUAUCAUUCAAGGGAUUUUCCUUUAACAGAAAAAUUGGAUUAUUAUUCAGCUGGACUUGCGAUUUUAUAUUCUUUAUUUUAUGGAGUUUUACGUAUAUUUCAAAUACGUAACCUUCAACAAACUACUUUAUGGGCCUUUAUUUGUUUGACAGCAUAUGUGUCACAUGUAUCAUAUUUACAUUUUAUAAAAUUUGAUUAUGGUUAUAAUAUUUUGGCAAAUGUUAUAGUUGGAAUGUUAAAUAAUUUAUUGUGGAUUGGUUGGUCAAUAUCACAUUGGUAUAAAAGACCUGAUGAUGCUUGGAAACCUAUCGUAUGUGUAACUUUGAUCUUAUUAGCAAUGUCUCUGGAAAUUUUUGAUUUUCCUCCUUGGUGGGGAAUUGUAGAUGCUCAUGCCCUAUGGCAUUUAAGCACUAUCUAUUUAAUAGCUUAUUGGUAUAAUUUUUUACUUGAAGACGCAAGGAUUGAAAGUUUUCGUGAAAGUAAGGGGAAAAAAAUAGAUAGAACGAAAUUUAAAACGAACAAUAUUAAAUUAGAAAAGUUUUUACAUUGGUAUUAA